AUGUCAGAACUCCAAGUUGAUGAUCAACUCAUUCAGUUAAGGGAAAUUUUUGCAAGAUUUGACAUGGAUUCAGAUGGAAGCCUAACAAUUUUAGAACUCGCCGCGCUCCUAAGAUCGUUGGGGCUCAAGCCCUCAGGUGACCAAAUUUACAUGUUGUUAGCCAACAUGGACUCAAAUGGAAAUGGUUUUGUGGAGUUUGAUGAAUUGGUGGAUGCCAUAUUGCCUGAUAUGAGUGCACAGAUCUUGUUGAAUCAAGAGCUUCUCCUUGGUGUUUUUAAGUGCUUUGAUCGUGAUGGCAAUGGUUAUAUAUCAGCAGCAGAGUUAGCUGGUGCAAUGGCCAAAAUGGGUCAGCCACUUACGUAUAGAGAGCUAACAGAGAUGAUCACAGAGGCUGAUAUUGAUGGUGAUGGUGUAAUUAACUUUAAUGAGUUUGCCACUGUAAUGGGUAGGUCAGCCUCUGAGUUCUUAGGCUUUGCAUUGUGGUGA